AUGAAAGCACUUCCUUAUAUUAUCCUCGGAAUCUUUCUUACUAUAGGCUUGGGUCUUAUUAUUGCUGGCUGCUUUAUCAACAAUGAUUACUUCAUUCUUUUGGAAUUAAUUCCUGCGAUAUUUCUAUCAAUCUUUUGUGUAAUACUCAAGCACAGAAUAGAACGUGACGACUCCAAAGAAGAAGGAAUCAUAACAAUGGACUUUAUCAUCUUUUGUAUUGCUGGCUUUGGCUCAUCUUUAAUAGCGCUCCCAGUAGUUUUAUAUCGAAUUGGAAAAAUCUCAUCUAUGUUAUCUCUUAUUCUUACAAUUGCAGGUUUGGUAACAAUUGGAUUGGGAGGUGGAAUUAUUCAAUGUUUGAAACAUAAAGAAGAAGUAGGCUUCUACUGA